GAGAUUGUGCUCUAACCACCCUGGGCAUUAUAAGCUUAUGGCCCAUGAGGCGCGUGCUAGUGUGUUUCAUAUCACGUUGGAUGCCACUGAACAAUAACUUAAAUCAAUUUAUGGGGAGUCAAUGCGUUUAUGAAAGCUUUCCAUGGGAUCCACUGAUUGAAACGCGGUUAGUUUGGUUCUGCAGUCAGACACUCUUGAGGUGACGCAUACACCCUUACAUAGGCUACCACUCUUACGCGGAGAGAAAGGCUACAUCUUGAACAACACCAAAUAAAAUGUGUAAUUCCAGAAAUCAGAAUCAUAUCAGGAGUUUAUCUGGCAUAAAGACGUCUGGCUGAGGGUUAACUUCACGCGCAUUAGUAAUGCAUGAGUAGUGGGAGGGGGCUGACCGUGCACGAUGCCCCCCAAUAGACUCUCGAGACAUUGUCAUGGAAAGAGACCACCGCCUCGUUAUUGUCUCGCGGACUGCCAAGUUUAUUAUAAACACUGCGCGAGCUGGCCGGUGCGCUGUCAUACUGAGCGCAAGGCGAGGUGGUCCGGAAGGGAGCGAGAGCGAAACUGACGUGGAUGGAAGAGGAAGAUACUGAUACAGAGAGAGAAAAGAAAGAAAGAGAUUUCAGGAAUAUUACUUUCAAGGAAGAGAGAGCGACGUGAAGAAAGACAUAUAUAUGGUAAAAUAACAUCCUGCUUUGACUGAAAACAAGAACGGGACUGAACUUGGGGACCUAAAGCUGGUCAUUGGAGAAAUUUGAAAAACGGAAUUCAUUCUGUGGUGUUUUUACAGCUUUAACCGUUUUAAUUCCUCUCGAAUCCGGAGAAGUACAUUUCAUCCAGCGCUCGCCCCAGAGUUGUCAUCCUCGCGCCUCCAUGUAUAAAAUGGAUUACUCCUACCUGAACUCAUAUGACUCGUGCAUGGCGGCCAUGGAGGCAUCGGCCUACGCGGACUUCAGCUCGUGCAGUCAGGCCAGCUCGUUCCAGUACAACCCGAUCCGGACCGGGUUCGGUGCCAACCCGGGAUGCGCACCUCUGAGCACCGCUAGUUGCACACUGGGGUCCCUUCGGGAGCACCAGCCCACACCCUACUCCACAGUUCCAUAUAAGUUCUUCUCCGACCCAUCCGGUUUAAACGAGAAGCGGAAACAGCGGCGCAUAAGGACCACCUUCACGAGCUCACAGCUGAAGGAGCUGGAGCGCGUGUUUGCGGAGACCCACUAUCCCGACAUCUACACACGCGAGGAGCUUGCGCUCAAGAUCGACCUUACUGAGGCGCGGGUGCAGGUGUGGUUCCAGAACCGGCGGGCUAAGUUCCGUAAGGUGGAGCGUGCGGCCAACUCUAAAUCUGGUAAUGGGACUGGGGGCCCAGGAGGGAACAAUGGCAAUGCUGGGGGGAAAAAGGGUGAGCCCAGAUCUUCCUCAGAUGAUGACGAAUCAAAAGAGUCCACCUGCAGUCCCACCCCUGACAGCACCGCCUCUCUGCCCGGCUCAGCCAAUGGGAACAUGGGUAGCCCUGCCAGCCUCAGCCCCAGCCCAGCCCCUGCUAAUGGUGGCUACGCCAACACCUCCAGCUCCCCCGUUCUACAGGGGCUCAAAUCUCCUGGCUGGCCCAGCCUAGGCCCCGCCCACCCAGGAAUGGCCCAACCCGCAACCCAAGCUCCAGAGCUGCUGAAGGCGUGGCAGCCUGCAGACAGUAUGACAGGGCCUUUCGCUGGCGUGCUCUCCUCCUUCCACCGGAAACCCAAUGCUCUCAAGACUAACCUGUACUAGAGACAAUGAGCAGAGAUCUCUAGUAUAAUUACUGUAUAUCUAUACAGACUAACCUGUACUAGAGACAAGGAUCAGAGAUCUCUAGUAUAAUUACUGUAUAUUUAUACAGACUAACCUGUACUAGAGACAAGGAGCAGAGAUCUCUAGUAUAAUUACUGUAUAUUUAUACAGACUAACCUGUACUAGAGACAAGGAGCAGAGAUCUCUAGUAUAACUGCUGUAUAUCUAUACAGACUAACCUGUACUAGAGACAAGGAGCAGAGAUCUGUAGUAUAACUGCUGUAUAUCUAUACUCUCCUUCCCCCUCUAUCUACGGCCCCCCGGAGUGGGACUAUCCAUUUCAUUUAUUAUUACCCGGACUCUCUAAGGGACAGUUGUAGUUUGUGAAUGUGUGUUUGUGUUGAAGUGUGUGUAACAUGCAUCUCAUAUGGGGUGUGUGAGUGUGUGUCAGUUGUUCUGUAUGUUCUCACUCCAACAAAGCUACACCCCCCCCCCCCCCCCCCCCCCCCAACACACACACUAUACACAGUCCAAAAGGCAUUAGCAGACAUUGUGCACUUAGUAACAGUAGCUCCUAGUCCCUGUACCCCCUGAUUAGUAACAGUAGCUCCCAGUCCCUGUACCUCCUGAUUAGUAACAGUAGUUCCUAGCCCCUGUACCUCCUGAUUAGUAACAGUAGCUCCUAGCCCCUGUACCCCCUGAUUAGUAACAGUAGUUCCUAGCCCCUGUACCUCCUGAUUAGUAACAGUAGUUCCUAGCCCCUGUACCUCCUGAUUAGUAACAGUAGCUCCUAGUCCCUGUACCCCCUGAUUAGUAACAGUAGCUCCCAGUCCCUGUACCUCCUGAUUAGUAACAGUAGUUCCUAGCCCCUGUACCUCCUGAUUAGUAACAGUAGCUCCUAGCCCCUGUACCCCCUGAUUAGUAACAGUAGUUCCUAGCCCCUGUACCUCCUGAUUAGUAACAGUAGUUCCUAGCCCCUGUACCUCCUGAUUAGUAACAGUAGCUCCUAGCCCCUGUACCUCCUGAUUAGUAACAGUAGCUCCUAGCCCCUGUACCUCCUGAUUAGUAUGUUAACCAGGCAGGCUGAAGGUAAACAGUCAGUCUUCUUGGAGAGAAUCAGGGGGACAAAGCCCAAACUCUUAACAGCAAGCACAUCCCCUCUGGAGAGGGGACCCCCAAAUCCCUCUGUACUGGAGAGGGCACCCCCAACUCCCUCUGUACUAGAGAGGGGACCCCCAACUGACUCUGUACUGGAGAGGGGACACCCAAAUCCCUCUGUACUGGAGAGGGGACCCCCAACUCCCUCUGUACUGGAGAGGGGACCCCCAACUGCCUCUGUACUGGAGAGGGGACACCCAAAUCCCUCUGUACUGGAGAGGGGACCCCCAACUCCCUCUGUACUGGAGAGGGGACCCCCAAAUCCCUCUGUACUGGAGAGGGGACCCCCAAAUCCCUCUGUACUGGAGAGGGGACCCCCAACUCCCUCUGUACUAGAGAGGGGACCCCCAACUGCCUCUGUACUGGAGAGGGGACACCCAAAUCCCUCUGUACUGGAGAGGGGACCCCCAACUCCCUCUGUACUGGAGAGGGGACCCCCAACUCCCUCUGUACUGGAGAGGGGACCCCCAAAUCCCUCUGUACUGGAGAGGGGACCCCCAACUCCCUCUGUACUGGAGAGGGGACACCCAAAUACAACUAUCCCCCUGAAGGCCAGGCCAGAUUCCCUCUCACAUCCUCACUACACCCGUGCCAGAGAACCCCAAACUCCUACUGUCAGACAACCCCCACCCCUCCCCUCUGAUCCCCAUUCCCACCAGACUACUAGCUCAAACAUCUCAUAGCAAUGUUCCCUCCCUGACUGACUGGCUGGCUGACUGGCUGACUGACUAGCUGGCUGACUGACUGGCUGGCUGACUGACUAGCUGGCUGACUGACUAGCUGGCUGACUGACUAGCUGGCUGGCUGACUGACUGGCUG